AUGAAUUACUCAUCUACCAACAUCACCACACCUGCAGCAUCCACAACCUCUCAUAGGUUAACAAGCCCUUUUGAGAUGUGUGUAUACAGCAUCAAUUUUCUGUUUGGUCUUCCUACACACUCUUACAUCAUAUGGCUCAUCGUCGCUAGAAGAGGAAGUGGAAUCGCAUCAGACAUUUGCCAUGUUAAUCUCUCAAUUUGUGAGAUUGGCAACGCUGUGAAUGGUUUGUUUGUUGCUUUGUCCUUUUGGGUUUCAGGCCUUGCGACUUUAGUCCAAUUUUUAACAGGACUACUCAUCACCGGCCGUCCUCUGUUUCAGUGUCUGAUCUGUGUCGAGCGUUACCUGGCAGUGAUUCAUCCUGUUACCUUUCUGAAGUACAAACCUCUCAGAUACAGACUGAUAUGCUGCACUGUCGUGUGGUUAAUCAGUUUUGGCUCGUGUUUAUUCUGCAUGUUUAUAUUAGGAGCAGUUAAUAUGAAGACAUAUAGAGGCAUUAUUUUAUUGCAGUUCUUCAUCUUCCUCUCCAUCCAGUUGUUCUGUUGUCUGACUGUUCUCAGAGCUCUGAAGCAGUCAGGACCAGGAGAGAGAGAGAGAGGGGAUGAAAACCACAUGAAGAGAAGAGCGUUUCAUCUCAUUUUAAUAUCUAUUGUAAACAUGGCGAUUGUUUAUGUUCCAUUUGCUUUUACAGUGGCUUCUUGGGCUUUCCGCCCUGGACUCCGCUUUCGGCUCCUUCUCUGCCUCUGCUCCACACCCCAGGUCCUGUUCCCCUUCAUGGGCCUGGGCCGCCAACCCUCCCCUGUUCCGCCUCCUCUCCACCGCCCUCCAGGACUUUGUUAUUUUUUGUUAUUCCCAAUGUGGGGGCUAUGUCACUCCCUGGUGCUGGCGCAUCUGUUCGCCACCUGA